AUGGUCGCUGCAGUAGGAAAAACUGCUCGCAAGCCUCCAGGCCUGAAGUGGACAACGAUUUGGCGCGAGCUCCGUAGAGAAGGAUGGAAGGUGAAGAAGCCAACGAGGGGUAACCUUGAGACGCAGUUCCGCUACGUACGACCAGGCGGUAACCCGAGCGGGCAGGCUGGUGUGGACUACUUUCUAAGCGAGGAUGCAGUGUUUGACAACUACGUUUAUGAGCGCAUACGGUCGACCCCUAAUACGCAUAUGCAGGAUACGGCAACGGUGCAGCCAGAUUCUGGAACGCAUAUGCAGUCUACGCCACCUAGCGAGCAGUCGUUUCCCCCAUCAGCACCAGUGACAACGCCAGCUCUAGUGACGGCACCAGCACCUGUGACGACGCCAGUUCGAGUGAUAACGCCAGCCCCAGUAACGGCACCAACUCCAGUAACAACACCAGCUCCAGUAACGACACCAGCUCCAGUGCCGACACUAGCUGCAGUUCCAACGCCAGCUCGAUUGACGAUACCGGCUCCAUCGGGAGGCCUACAAGCUGGUGAGAACUCGUCAGAGACGGCACGUGUCUGUAACUACGGACGUCGUUCCGGAAGACGGCAGAUACUCAUUCCGACGUCACCGCACAUGUCUGAUUCAGACGACGACAACACGGGGGAUGACGACGAUGCCUCGUGCGAAGACGACGCAAGCUAUACCCCAGACGAUGAGAGCACCGCAGACGACCCUACGGAAAACCACGACAAUGGGACGCUAUGCUGCAUGUUUGAAAGCGAAGUGGAGGCCCAAGGUGACGCGAUACUGGCCGGCAAUGAGGACUGUUUGAACGUUACCCUCGCGGAUGAGAAUGGAGCUUAG